CCACGACGAAGGCUGGUGGUGUAUCGCAAUAGCGCAGCCCAAACGACGCAGCGAUGGACAGCAAAGUCACCGUAGCCGUGCGCUGCCGCCCGCUCAUGCCCCGCGAAGAGCGGGCCGGCGCCGAGGCCGUGGUAGUAUUGACAGACCGCCAGGUGAGUGUAGGAGACCCAGUGGAGCUCGCGGCGCGCGGCUCGUCGCCGAUCCUGGGGCGAAACUUCGCCUUUGACUUGGUGCUGGGCGGCGACAGCCAGGCGGAAGUCCACGAGACGCUGGGCGUGCCUUUGUUAAGACAUGCGUGGCGAGGCCUCAACGCGAGCAUCUUCGCUUAUGGGCAAACAGGUAGUGGCAAGACCUACUCCAUGACGGGUGGUGACGGUGAUGAGCGAGGUAUCAUUCCUAGGGUUUGUGAGGGUUUGUGGGACGCCGCGGACGCCCAUUCCGCAACGCACGAGACCACGGUGGAAGCUUCAUAUAUGGAGGUAUACAAUGAACGCGUCCGCGAUUUACUGGUACCGACCGGAAGACCCUUAAAAGUAAGGGAGCACCCGACGAAGGGUGCGUGCGUUCCUGAACUCACGGUGGUGAGGGUGCGAGGAAGAAAUGAAUUAGCUGAGCUACUAAGCGUCGGGAGUGACGCUAGAGCAACAGCAGCAACUAGGGGAAAUGCCCGGUCCAGUCGUAGUCAUGCGGUCGUGUCGUUGGUCGUAUCACGACGAAGGAGAAGCGGUUCUUCGGAAGGUAUUACUGAAGAGGGCUGGUGGUCCGGCCUCGAUGCACCUGGAUCAUGUACAUCAACGAUCAGAUUGGUCGAUUUGGCAGGGUCGGAGCGCGUGGCCGUGACGGGCACGGACGGCGCCCGUCUCCAAGAGGCCAAGGCCAUCAACAAAUCAUUAGCGGCGCUAUGCGAUGUGGUCAGUGCACUGGCAGCCAACUCAAGAAAGAAGAAGGCCUUCGUGCCUUAUCGGAAUUCAGCGUUAACCUGGCUCCUCAAGGACUCGCUGGGGGGCAACGCCCACGCGGCCAUGCUUGCUACUGUAUCCCCUUCCGAUAGGCACUUCGAGGAGACCGUGGCAACGUUGAAAUACGCCUUUAGAGCAAGACGCGUGAAAUGUCGAGCGACGGUGAAUCUGGUGGAGGACCUGCCCGAGGAGGUCUUACCGUCACCUCCAUCACCCGCGGUCGUCGUCAGACGGAGCUCGCCGCGGCGGUCGCCGCAACAGCCGAAGCAAGUGAGGUGGCCUCGAUUGACCAACCUCAACCCGGACCCGGCGUUUGCGGGAGCGGCCUGGGCGCCGAUCCGGGAUGGGGCGACGGUAUUAGGUUGCACGGCCGAGGCCGAUUGCGUGGUCCGAGGGUCAGGCGUCGCGCCGCGGCAUGCCGUCGUUUGUUGUUCCUCAGCUCAAGGAGUUGUGGUUUUAUGUGCUCUACCAGGAGCGGAGACGCACGUCGACGGCAACCGAGUCGCCAUGGACGAGCGCGAAGCUACAAGACUAGAACACGGCAGUCGCGUCGUGUUGGCAAGACGGCUAGCUUUCAGGUAUGAAGCUAGACAGGACGAGUCACUGGACGCCUUUGAUGCCACAGACGCCUGGCACGCGGCCAUCGCCGAGGUCUCGCAGAAAGGCAGUGGUGCUUUCGCCGACGAGUUCCGAGGCCUGUCGCAGCUCGACGACGAGGAGGCCUCACAACCAGCUCGGGCGGCGUCGCCGGACCCUCCGGAGUACACGACGGCGCGCGCGCCGGACCCCGUGCCCCGCGUCGUCGUGGGCGGCGGCCCGUCGCCGCGCAAAAGUGCGCCGCGGCCGCUGACGCCGCCGCGGUCAGAAGCGCUUGGCGACGCGGACUUGGAUGAUUUGGCCGCGGCCCAAGCGCAGCUCGACGCGAUACUGGGGGCGCCGCCGGCCUACGUGGCGUCGCGGCAGUAAGUCUAGUUUUCCU